AUGGAAGAUGCGACACGCUUCCAUUUGAUAAGGAGCUCGUCGAACUCUUCUUCAUUGAGAGGUCGCAUCUUCCAUGCUAUCAACCUCGUCUGCGCACGCCUACAACGUCAACACCGGAAGGCCGAUGCCUUGCAGGUGAUAGAGGACUUCCUACUCCUCCGCUCACGCUUCAAGGCCCUCUGCCGUCGCUGGGGACAAUCGCGGAGAUAUCGCUGCCUCGACUACGGCUACUGUCUUCUACGCAAGGUCGACAAGGACAUCGAGCUGCAAAUCCGGUCGGGCGUCCGCUUCAAGCACCUUUCACUCCAAGACCUAGUCGAGAGAAUCAAGGCCAUCCACCGUGCCCGUCAGCUCGUCCGAGAUGCAGAGCCUGCCGUUCACGCCACAAGCCCGACGCCGCCGCAGGAGCACGACGCUGCUCACCACUCAGACCGUCUCGCCAAGUGGUGCGAUUCCAAAGAGCACAUUAGCUUCAUAUGCCCUACGAAGCCCGUGUGCCCCAACUGCAACAAAGGGGGACACUUCCAAGACGACUGUUUGCAGAUCACGAGGAAGGGUCCACUAGGCACUCGGCAAGCAUUCCUUCGUCGUGAGCCAGGAGGAUCAUUCAAACUGUGCAUCGACGACAUCAAGAACAACAGAGCACUGCUACGGACUCUCGCGAACAUUUACAACGAGAAAUCAACAACGAGAAGGAAUCCCGCUACUACCACAAUGCCAAGCAGCGUCGCAGAACGGAAACGGGAUGCCCCCUGCUUCUUCAAUAAGCUUAAUAGCCGACCGAUUGUCGUUGCUAUGCGCUCUCAAACUAGCAAUCGAUGGUGUACAUUCAUCUUCCGUCGAUGCUUCUGA